GUUUCCAUCAACACAUGGCAUGCAGCCUUGACUCGAAUACGGGUCAGGUCAACGUCGUUGAGUGAACAGUUACAGUUAGACAACGAUGUUGGCAAGUGUUCGGACUGUUUUUACCGUUCGGGGUUCAUCCCGUUUGGUGGAGAUUUUAAAGUGUCAAAGUUUGUGGACUGGUAAUGAACCGUUAUCUGAAAGUGAUCCGGAGUUGAUGGGAAUUGUAUCAAAAGAAAAACAUCGACAAACAUAUGGAUUGGAACUGAUAGCCUCAGAGAAUUUUGCUAGUCGAGCUGUAUUGGAAGCCCUUGGAUCAUGUUUAACAAAUAAAUAUUCCGAAGGCUAUCCUGGUGCCAGAUAUUACGGAGGUAAUGAAUUUAUUGAUGAAGUUGAAAGAUUAUGUCAGAAGAGAGCGUUGGAAACGUUUCGUCUUGAUCCAGAGAAAUGGGGUGUAAAUGUUCAACCGUAUUCGGGUAGUCCGGCUAAUUUUGCUGUUUUUACUGGUUUAUUAAACCCUCAUGACCGUAUUAUGGGUCUAGAUUUACCAGAUGGAGGACAUCUAACGCAUGGUUUUAUGACAGAUACUAAAAGAGUAUCGGCUACAUCUAUAUAUUUUGAAUCCAUGCCGUAUAGAAUAAACCCAGUAAGUGGCUAUAUAGAUUAUGAUAAACUCCGUGAAACAUCGAGAUUAUUCCGACCUAAAUUAAUUAUAGCCGGUACGACAGCUUAUUCUAGAUUAUUAGAAUACGAGACUUUUAGACAGAUCUGUGAUGAUAGUAAAGCUGUGAUGUUAGCGGACAUGUCUCAUAUAUCUGGUCUAGUAGCAGCUGAUGUAAUACCUAGUCCAUUUGAUUACGCUGAUGUCGUCUCUUCUACAACACAUAAAACUCUACGGGGACCAAGAGCUGGAAUUAUAUUUUAUCGUAAAGGAAUUAAAUCUGUUCAUCCUAAAACCGGUGCUAAAAUAGAAUACGAUUUUGAGAAGAAGAUAAAUAAUGCCAUCUUUCCCGCUCUACAAGGUGGACCUCAUGAACAUCAGAUCGCAGGAGUAGCUACAGCAUUGUUGGAGGCACAGCUACCAGAAUAUCGUCAAUAUCAACUACAAGUUUUAAAGAACGCUAAAGCUUUAUCAGACGCUUUAGUUAAACAUGAUUAUAAAGUUGUCUCAGGAGGAACAGAUAAUCAUUUAGUCUUAGUUGAUUUACGAUCUAAAGGAACAGAUGGAGCUCGUGUUGAGAGAAUAUUGGAACUGUGUAAUAUUACAGUUAAUAAAAACACGUGUGCUGGUGAUAAAAGUGCCAUGACCCCUGGUGGGCUCAGAUUAGGUGCUCCUGCUUUAUCCUCUAGAGGAAUGAAUGAAGAAGAUUUUUAUAAAGUUGUACAACUUUUAGAUAAAGGUGUUAAAAUUGGUCUUCAAGCACAAAAAUCUACCAAAAAAUUAAAAGAAUUCAAGGAAUAUGUUGUGAGUGAUGGCGAUAUUUUAAAACAAAUCAAGGCCCUUAAAGAAGAAGUUGGUGAGUUUGCGGGGAAAUAUCCGAUGCCAGGACUUCCUGAUCGAUAAUGAUGAAGACCUUUAGAUGAUUUUAUAAAUAUUUUAUUUUUGGAAUGGAUGGUGAAAUGAUUUGGUGAAUUGGAUUGAGACAGCAUAAUAUGGAAAUUGUUCAGAUAUUUUUAAAUAUGGUUACAUUAGGAAACAAGUUAUGGAUAAUCCGAAGCUUGUACAAUGUUAAAAUAUUGAAACAGGCAACUGAUCUUGUCUGAACCCGACAUUUUCUAAAAGAUACAUUAUGCGAGUUUUAGAUAAAGUUCUGGCUAUUCAAAAUAGUUCAAAAAUAGAGAAUAAAAAAUGAAUAUAUUGAAAAUUUCAUUCCAAAGUAAUGAAAGUUUGACAUUUUGACAAGAAAUAGCCAUAAUUAACAGAUGGAAACUCUGUACACAGUUCUUGAUUGUCAAGAACCAUUGCCAUGAUAAUAAACAAAGUCUUGAUUUUCAGUCCUGGUGGGCAUGAUCUACUUCUCUCAAUAUCUAAGCCAUCUAAUGAUCCAGAGAGUUGAUUAUGGAUUUUUCAUGUGAAUAAAUGUUUAAAUAAUAACUUAUAUAACAUUUGAAGCCAGAAAAAGGUGAAAGCAAUUGGCAAAUUUCGCUCUAUCUCUCUCUCUCUCUCGCAUAGUGCCUCUUUUAAUGCUUGGACUUGAUUAAAGUUGCUGAUUGCAGUUUUUAGUCAUUAUCUAAUAUCUAAUAUAAUCAGAUGGAUUAUUUAACAUUUAAUUAUAAAAACAAAAUCUCAGUGGUAAAUAAUCUCCCUUCUUGGAUUCCGUUUGAUUAAAUUGAGGCUCUGCUAAAGACUUUAUCGAACACUGAUACAAUAGGUACGGUGGUCCACAGAGGCCUGUUCAUUCAGUAAAUAUAGCUAAAUGAUGAUCACCCCAAACACUGAUUCAGUGGUCCACGGAGACCUGUUCAUUGAGUAAAUAUGAUCACCCCAUAGCCAAUUGAUCAGAUUUACCUUAGUAUGAGAUGCAGCAGACAAACUUUUAAUUAAAACACCACAAUCUAAAGUCUGUUUUCUAUGUACGUGUUUUCGCGGAUUACAUGGAAACGAUUCCAUAACAUUUAGAUUAGAGCGACUUUUUCACUGGCGAGAAAGCAUACAUGUACAUUGAAAACAGGCCUAACUGGUGUCUCCGUUUUGAAUCCAUCAGCAUAGUUGAAUGAAAUAUUUUUGUUAAGAAGUUAUUGAUAUUAUUUAUAAAUUUUCCCAGUGAAAAUAUUAUUUUUAUGGAGGUAAAUGUACCAAUCUGAUUAAAACACAGAUCCUCUUUUGUUUCGUUUUUUAUAGUUCAAAAUUUCGUUUUACUUGUCUUUAUUACACUACGAUCUGGAAGAGAUGUUAUAUAACCUACGUUCUGGUUAAUGUGAGGGAUUAGCCAAUGAAACAGUCUGUUGCGGAGAGUUCUUGGCAUUGAUUAAUCAAAUGUCUGAUGUGUAUAGGGUCAAAAGUCACUCGCAUGACCCCUGACACAAGCUUCCAGUACAACCGGUCAGAUCUUCAUGUAGUAGAGGCCAUAUCAAGUAUAAAAAAAACGAAACGAAAUAUAGAUCUGUAUUUUUACCAGCUUGCUGUUAUAGCCAUGAAAUCUGUAUAUUAAAUAUAGAUCUGUAUUUUAACCAGCUUGCUGUUAUAGCCAUGAAAUCUGUAUAUUAAAUAUAGAUCUGUAUUUUUAUGGAGGUAGCUGUUAUAGCCAUGAAAUCUGUAUAAUAAAUAUAAUUUAGUCUCUUGUAUAUUUCUACAUGUAUAAUGUCUUGUUAUUGGGGUAUAUGGCCAUAUAUCAGUCAGUCACAAUAUUCAUAACUAGAAAAUCAAAACUAAAAGGGGAAAUUCUUAUCUUAAAGUCGGAGGGAGAGGGAGAGAAUGGCCGCUUGGUUAGUGUGCGUGUGCUGUAUCAUAAGGUCUGUCAUAGAGUCAGCUGGCAUGGUUUAGAUUCUCCGGCUGUGCGUAACAAAGAGUAGGGUCGUCUGUCCAACCUCGUGGGUUUUCUCCGGGUCUUCUGGUUUCCUCCCACUGCUAAAGAACCCUACUCGCAUGCAGAUUAUUGAAAUAAAAUUGAACCAUGUGUUAGUCCCGAAAUGACCUGGUUUGUGUUGAGUGGACGUUAAACCCCAAUUCCCUCUCUUUAUUAACCUGCUACGUUUCGAUACACAUACAGGUAUCGUUAUCUAGAUUAUUUGCUUGAUAUCCCCUUGUCAGUGGUGCAGGACAGAGGGCCUGUCAAGGACAGCUGUCUAGUCAUUCGGAUGGGAUGAAAAACCGAGGUCCUGUGCACAUAAAAGAUCCCUUGGCAGUUGGAAUUCGAUAUAAGUUUAGGCCAUAGUUCUGCUGCCCAGGCAAAAUUUUCCUCAUAGGACACAGUAUGGCGUAUGGCCGUCUUCAUUGGCUCUGUAUACGAGCAGAACAGUAGGAUGUUAAACCCCUUUUCAUUUCAUUUAUUUGCUUGAUAACGAUACCUUGUAUGUGUUAUGAGAUACCUUGUAUGUGUUAUGAGACGUAGUAUGUUAAUAAAUUCAGAAAUAGUAUAUCCAUAUAAGUGUUUUUAAUUUGUGAAGUCUAUUUCUAUAUGUCUUAUAAGAAUUUUCUCUUUUACUUUUGAUUUUCUACAUUUUACUCUAGAUAGCAUUACGAACCUGAUACCCAUCAUACAUGUCUAGUGUUAAACAAUUCAAGUUGUCUCAGACCUUGUCCAGGAAGAAGUGGUUCUAUUAAAGGCUCAAUACCACUCUUGUUGUAACUGAGUAAUAUGUCCCAAUCUUUAUUCUGGUCAACAAAUUGUACCAUUUUACAAUAUUCCAAUUAAUUGAUGAUACAAAUUUCAUCUUAACACACCUAAUUUAAAAAAUUAAAAAAAUUCAACUCAAUGAUUUGAAAAGCCUGACGUAAAGCUUUUCAAAUGUUACUUGGAUUUAAAAAUAUUUUUGAACCCUCUGGACAAGUAAAAUAGGAUUUAAUGGAUAAUUUACACAACAGGUAGGACACUAACACAUCUAGUACUUACUGUAGAAUAAGGCUAUUUUUUAUUUUCUGGAGCUGUCAAGCCAGCAAGAGUGUUAUUGUCCCUUUAAAUUGUUUAAUGUUUUAUUAUUAUUAUACAUCUAAUUAUGAUGGUAGUAAUUACCUGGUAUAUAUUAAAAUUAAUUAGGAAUGAUAUUUAUAGAUCUAGUCAUUAAACCAUAUUGAUUAUAUAAUAAAUUGAAGGGUUUCUUGUCAAACUCGGUGGAAGUGGACUUUAAGACCCACUCUUGUUGAUGUCUGUUGUUGAUGUCCGGUACUAGCUAUAACACACAGUAGACAAGAAUAUUACUGACAUAAAUUUGAAUACCAUACAGGAAUUAAAUAUGAAAAAUAACGAGGUGCACCUAUUUUUUAUUACGUACGAAUUUGAAUAUUUUGUUGACACAUGAUUUUUGUGUGUGGUCUAAAAACUGCCUGCUUAAAUAACAAUAAGAGUUAUGUCCCUUUAUUUUCGGUAAAAAUGUCCGACAAGAAAAUGUUUGAAAUCCCAUCACUGAUGUCCAUUAUGUGUUAUAGCUAGUACCCUAUAUUUUAUACUGAAGGGUUUCACUGUAACACUGUUGUUGAUGUCCACUUAUAUAACAUGUGUUAUAGUGGGUAACCUAUAUAUUAUAUACUGAAGGUCUUCACUAUAACACUGUGUUAUAGCAAGUUCCUUCCUUAUUCAUUAAAUACCCUCAAGAAAUAUUUCAUAGUGCUAUUGUGGGCGAUGUUGAACCCUGCCUUAUGUAGGUAAACAUGUAUCAUAUCGAACCACCAUGUUGUGAGGUUCCAGUGUAGUCAAUUUGAUUCUGGUGAUGGGUAUUUUAUGGUUAAAUAGUUGAAGGAAUCUCGUAUGUCAAUUUAUAGUUACUUAAUAUUUCCUUCUCGGCUGUGUUCAUAUACAACCAUAAAAACAUAUCCAAAAUAUAUAUAUUUGUUAUUAAAAUAUUAUAAGAAAUUUGAGCAACAUGAAUGAAUGAUACCGAUGGAAUUUGUUAAUGUGAUACGUAUUUAUGUUUUAAAAACAAAACCCCUAAAUUAACAUUUAGGACUUUGAACUACAGAGACUUCCGAAACCGUCCCAAAACUACGUCGUCCUCUACCGCCAUAAACCAGGUCUGCAGGCCUGGAAAUAAGGCACCUUUCACAGACAAUGUCAGGCACAGAUUCAGGCUUUGUCAGGCAUAAAACCUCUGGUGCCUGUCAUUUUGUCUGGCACUGAGUUGUCUUUUUUAUUGAUAUUAUUAAUACAUGUCUGGCUCUAAGUUGAAAAUGUCAGGUAAUCUUUCAUUAGUGCCUGACAUUUUGUCAGGUACAUCUAGAACCGUUAUUUCCAGGCCUGCGGCUCUGAUGUGUAAGACAAGCGAGAAAACAUACUUAACAACAUAUAUUGGUUCUGUGAUUUGAGCAGAUCUAAGGAACAGUAGUUUCGUAAAUAAGCUACGAACCUAAAUAGAAUAAAAAUCAUUUUACUCUUGUUUUUACUUGUUCAAAGUGUUAAACGCUUUAUGAGUCAUUUGUCAUUAAUGAAUCAUGUAUAUGGAAGAGGUUAUUUGCAUCCACAGUAUUUAGGGUUAGGGCAGUGGUAGGCCUGAAUACAGAACGAGGGUUAGGGCAGUGGUAGGCCUGAAUACAGGAGGACCUCACCACACACAAAAAAUUACAUCAGACAGACCUAUGUACAGGACACAAUAUACCGUACUUAUCUGAUCAAGUGGGGGGGGGAUAGCCGAAUUUUUAGCGUGUGCGCGCUGUAUCAUAAGGCCUGCCAUUGAGUCAACUGGCGUGGUUUCGAAUCCCCGGUUGUACGUGACAAGGAAUAGGGUCGUCUGGUUUCCUCCCACUGUUAAAAACCUCUACGUGCAAGUGAAUAAUUUAAAUAAAAAAAUUAAACCAUAUGUUAGUCCCGAAAUGACCUAGCUUAUGUCGAGUGGACGUUAAACCCUAGUUCUCUCUCUCUCUCUCUCUGAUAAAGUGAAUGGAUUUGGGGGCUAGUCGUAAAGCUUCCAGUCUUGUUCAGUCCCAAGCCUGUAAUGACACGGGCUUCACACAGGACAACUUUUUAUUGUAUUAUAAACAAGCACAAUGAGUGGUUGGUAGCUUCAAUGAGCUAGGGUUAGGGUUAGGUCAUCAAUUGCUUCAACAGAUAACCAGAAUUUAAAGAUAAUUUACAAUGUGGCUAUAAAUAACCUCUUCCUUUAUGUUCUAAUGUUUAUUAUAUUCUGGUAGUGCUAAUUAUUGGUUUUAAAAAAUAAAUACUAUUCCUGUUACUGGUACAUUCUGAUGAUAUUAUAUAUAAACAUUCUUAUGUUACUAUGGUGAUAACCUACGUCAUUCCAUCUGACCAGGAUUAGACGGGUAUUAGCUGUCUGUUACCACCAGAAUUUGUAUUCUCAUUUUUAAUUCGCUAGGGAAAUAUUAUAUAGAGACAUAAGAUUUAUUCACAAGUGCUAGUCCUGUUCGGUCCUGCUCAAAUUGCCUCCUCCUCGUAUCCGCCAUUGUUGGUCUGGACAAACUAGUGUAUGACGCUGGUAAACAGGUUGCUAGGGUAAACAUUUUCCUGGACAUCAAUGUUUCUGUAUAACAAUGGUUGUCUUGUUCAAAUUUCACCUGCCAUAGUGUACAUGGAUGGAACCCAGUUUCUUGUCCUAUCCGGAGGACUAGACACACAUAUUGUACGUGGAUGGACCCCGGGCGUUUCUUGUCCUAUCCAGAUGACUACACACAAUCAGCUUGGAUGCGACCCUGGGAAGUUCUUGUUAAGAGGUCAGUGUUGACCACUGUGCCCCCAUUGCGUAUAUAGUUACCACACAAUGACGUAUGGAAAAUGUUGUCUCAGUCCACCUAUAUACAUGGAACAUAAGGUGAAGGUCAUUUGUCCUAUAGGUAAAUCUCUGUAUGACCUUUGACACUGUUUGCAAAAUGGACACUAAUAUCCAGACCAAAAUUCGUUGUGGACAAGGUGAAGAUAAUUCAAACUAGGGCAAUCCAGUCUACGCACAUGCUGGAUAAAGGAAAACACUAUUAAGAAAGAGCAAUGGAUGAAUUUGUUGCCUAGCGAUGCACAAGCUGGAUAUCUUGCUGCCUAGCAACGACAACUUCCGUGCUAUAUGUGUGUACAUAAUGAAUAGUUAUAAGACUAAUAAUCAUAUAGAUAGCUUGCUACCUGUGGAUGAUAAUAUCCACACAGUAUCUAUACACGCAUAUACAAUGAUCUGAAAUCUGACAUUUUAUGUUUUAAAAUGUUUAUUCAUCUGUUUUAUCUUAAUUCUAAUUUUGAAAAUCUUGUAACCAAACAGAUAUUUAUACAUUUAUUCUUUAAUCAAUGUUAGUAACUUUUUGAUAAAAAUGUUAUUCUUGAUAUUUUCCUUAUGACCUUGUGUAUUUGUUGAUGUUGCCUAGCAACCAUUUCUUCAAUAAAAGAGAGACUAA